UUUCUAUCUCAUUUAUGUUAUAUAUAAGUCAGUUGUUGACAAAUGUUAUAUAUUAUAAUUUAUUAACGUCUUAAUAGUAGAAAAUAAUCACUAUGUCACAAGUCAAAGCUGGCGAAAAAAAUCGUGGAUAUCAUUUUAAUAAGAAAAUUAACUGUGGUGACAAGAAAAAAGAAAUUGUGGAAAGUACAAAUGAAAACAGUUUUGUUUUACAACAAUUUCGAGCAUAUGCAAGUGAAUUAGAUGAUAAACAUGAUCGUUUUGAGAGAAUUGUAAAAACUGGAAGAGAUAUUACUAUAGAAAGUAAAAGAAUUAUUUUUCUUUUGCACACUAUAGAUAAAAAAAGCAAACAAGAAAGUGUGUUAUGUGAAGCUGAUUUAAGACUACAAAAUGUUGCACAAAAUCAUUUCAAAGCUAUUUCACGAGAAUUAGAAAAUCAAGAUCCAUAUCUUUAUUUAAAAGCUUAUCGUAAUGGUUUAGAAGAAUAUAUAGAAGCUGUUACAUUUUAUCAGUACUUAAGUAGUGGUAACAUGAAAAGUUGGUUAGAAUUAGGAAAAGCACUUACUUAUACAAGUUCUGAAAAAUCUAAAUCUAUACAGAUUUUAAUUACUCCAUUUGAAUAUAUCUUAGGUAUUUCUGAUUUGACUGGAGAGCUAAUGCGUCAAUGCAUUAAUAAUUUGGCAACAGGAGAUAGUGCUAGUUGUUAUGAAACAUGCAAUUUUGUUAGAAAUAUGUACAAAGGUUUUCUUGGUUGUAUUAGUAUAUCAAAUAAGGAAAUAAACAGAAAACUUUGUACUCUUAAACAAAGCCUUCAUAAAAUGGAGAAUGUUUGUUAUACAAUUAAAAUAAGAGGUUCAGAAAUACCAAAACACAUACUUGUAGAUGUAGCUACUGAAGAAUAUAUAGAAAGUGAUGAAGGAUAUCAGGUUUAUUAAAUUUUGUAACUAUUUUUGAAGUAUUUAUUUAUCAUUGUUUUUGUACAUUUCAGUCAUAAAAAAAUAAACUAAUUCUUAUA